AUAAAAGGAAAAAAAAAACCCUCCAGUAAAAGCCACCUUACAGUCUGUCCAAAUGGAGAUAACCAGGAAAAUAGACCAGGCUUCAUGCAGGUGAUGCCCAGGGAGACUAUGGAAACAGAAAGCAACCACACGCUGCUCACCGAAUUCGUCUUGGUGGGUUUCACGAGAGACCCAUUCCUGCAGACCAUCUUCUUGGUGCUUUUCUUGGCCUCCUACACCCUAACCAUGACUGGCAACCUGGGCCUCAUGACACUGAUCUGUCUAGAUUCCCACCUGCACACACCCAUGUACUUCUUUGUGGGCAACCUUUCCUUCCUGGAUGUCUGGUACUCCACAGUCUAUACUCCCCGGAUCCUGUUUGACUGCAUUUCCAGGGACAAGGCCAUGUCCCUCGCGGGCUGUGCUGCCCAGUUCUUCUUCUCGGCCGGCUUGGCCUACAGCGAAUGCUUCCUGCUGGCCGCCAUGGCCUACGACCGUUAUGUGGCCAUCUGCAGCCCGCUCCUCUAUGCCACAGCCAUGCCCUGGAAGCUCUGCGUCCAGCUGGUCACUGGCUGUUACCUCAUCGGCUUUGCUAAUGCCGUCAUACACACAGGCAACACCUUCCGCCUGCACUUCUGUGGGAGCAACGUGAUCGACCACUUCUUCUGCGAUGCACCCCCACUCGUGAAGAUGGCCUGCGAGGAUACCCGCGUCUACGAACUCCUUUUGGCUGCUGUCAUUGGCUGCAACGUGCUGGCAACCACCAUUCUCAUCCUUGGCUCCUACGCCGGCAUCGCAGCGGCCAUCACGGGCAUCCGCUCUGCCACAGGGCGCCGCAAGGCCCUCUCCACUUGCUCUGCCCAUCUUGUCUCUGUGUCCCUCUUCUAUGGCUCCAUCCUCCUCAUGUAUUGCCGACCCAGCUCCCAGCGCACUCCAGCAUGGGACAAGGCAAAUGCUCUGUUCUACACCGUCGUCAACCCGUUGGUCAACCCUUUGAUUUACAGCUUGCGCAACAAGGAUGUGAAGUCAGCCUCCAGGAAAGUCUUGGGGAGGUUUAUAGCACCCAAAUGA